UACCGUCGGCGAGGGCGAGAAUCUCGGCAUCUGGCUGAUCGGGGUCGCGUGUGCGUCGCUACGCGCGUAGUUGAUCGCGGCGGCGCGGGACGGCGCGCCGAACUCCCGCUCUGAGGUUUGACGAGGUAUCACGUGACCCACGCUAACCGCCAUCUUUCCUUAUCGUAUAAACAGUGCGACCGGGCGCAGCGCGAAUUCUCGCCGUGGAAUCGUGGAUUUCCCAGUGUUUUUGAGUGAUUCACACGUGAAGAGAUGUCUGACGCAAAGACGGAGACCAAGAGCGACAACAACAUCGAGGAUGCGUCCAAGGAACAGUCGACGGAGGAGAAACCGACUCCGACGAAAAACAAACGAAGCGGCACCAAGAGGCUCUCCACUCUCGAAAGGACCGCUCAGGAGGGCGAGGCAAUCUUAAAGGGCAUGAACAAAUCUACAGUCGGUGAAGUUGAAGGCAGGAGACGCACUCGCAGUUCAGCCAGAGGCCUAACUUCGACAACGCCAGUGCCAUCGCCACCCAAGAAGGAAAAGAGAGAACCAUCGACGCGAGGUGGUGGUGGUGGUCGUGGACGUGGACGACCCAAGAGGCAGGAAAAGAACAAUGAGAACAACACAGACGAUGAAACAUCCAACAACAAAAGCGAAAAACACACAGAAGAGGAGUCUACAAAGAUGGAAGUAGACGAAGAGAAAGAGGAGAAGGAGGAAAGUAAGACGAUACAGAACGAAGACAAAAACGCGGAGGGUGCGGACAGUAAAGACAGUAAAGACGUUGAGAAAGUGACGGAUGCCAAUUCCAAGGACGAAAAAGUAACGGAGGAGUCGGAGAAUGUGGUGGACGAAGCUAAAAGUAUCACUCCCAGUGAAGAAAAGAAGCAGGAGGAAAUGAAGGACAGCUCGGAUUCGAGUCAAGAUGCAACCGACACAGCAGCAGAAGCGCCGCCUUUAUCCUCAUCAGAGUCCCAAAAUCCCUCCAACACUGUUACUACUGAGGAAAAUAAGGAAUAACCUCCCUUCGCCUGUUUUACCACUACUUUUAUGAGGUACCAAGGCGGCGCACAUAUUGGGGUCACACAAAUCCAGUCCCCCCUCGUCUAUUUUAACUAAUUAACACCUUCUUGUCGAUCGUUAUUUCAACCAGCGCAAAUUUUUUUGUUAGGAUACAGUUUUUAUUUUAUCAUUAUCCUUAUGAUAACGUGACUUUCCAGAAAAACAUAACAAAAAUGUAGAAUCUACGCUAAUAUGAAUUAGCGUUAAGUGAGAUUCACUUUUUUUUCUCUGUCUAUGUUAUAUACUAUGUUAUAUACUAUGUUUUUGUAGAAAAAGAUUACAAUCUGACAUAUGAUUGGAAUAUUAUAUAAUUCUUAAAAGAUUUAUAAUCUAGAGAAUAACUAAUCGUUACUCUAGCGUUAAUUCAAAUUGUCGAUGUAGUUUAAUCUUGGAAACCUUUCAACUCUUUAAAUAGUUUUUAUAUCUUUUGAAUCUUCAUGUUGUUCUCUUCCACAUUAUUACUAGUGCUACCUUCUAGUAUCAAACUCUGUAAGGCUAAUCUAGCCAGACUAAUUUUUGUUUAGCUUUAAUUAACAACGUUCUUUUAUGGUGUUUUGUGUAGCAUGUAUAUUAUAUUUAUAUCUUAAUUUUAUUGUUUUUGUCGAGUAAUAUAAAAAUCUUGUCAUUGCGCUGGUUAAUUAGCGAUAAGCAACGCGAGGUGUAGAGCAUACGUUGUUCAUGUACAAUGAUAAUAUUAUUGUAAAAUAUAUUUAAUAUGGACUUAUAUAGAGAGAAGUUGUUUUCAAAUCAGAGCUGACAUCUGGGUUCUAUAGUGUAAUGCCUACGAUUCAGAUCUGAUGUGGAAGUAGCUAAAGAUUAAUUCGUACAUAGCAAAUUACUGUAAUACCUUUAUCGUAUAUAAAUAGUGACUGAAUGAAGUGGAAUAUAUGAGAACUAUGGUGAAAUGAUUUCUCUUUUUCAUGAAUUAAACGAAAAUAAAAUUUCUGAGAAACGCGC